AUGGCGGAGGACGCAACUCAACAAAGCUCUCCCGAUUUAUCUGAUCUGGACCCUUCCUUGGAGCGCCUACUCGUACAAUGCGAGGCUCGUCCAAGAUAUGAGAUUACUGAGAACAUUUUUAUGGAUUAUGAUGACCAGAUGCUUCUGGAUGAAAGAGAUAUUCUCUUCAAAUUGGCAGCACGGAUUUUGGACAAAAAGUGCACGUUGAUAUAUGGGCCUGCGUCAGCCCGUGGAUUAGAACAAACAUUGGAUAUAAAGCCCAAGAAAAGGACUGGGGAGUCAAAGAAGAUAAGUAUCUGUAAUGAUAUUUUUGAAUUAUACAUAUACGUUAGGGGGCUAGUAAAAGACUUCCCGAGAUCUGUAUUAGGGACUUCAAGCAAAAUUCCUGAUAAUAUUGCCCUUACAAAUACAAGUCAAACAAGGCCUGCAAUCAUACAGCCGUCCCUUUUGGACUUAUCAGCCAAAUAUACAGAAUUAUCUAUGGAUUAUAGAAAUAUAUCUAUGGAACUUGAAUCUUUGAAACAAAGUUAUGAGGGGAAAAUCAACAAAAUGAACACCGAAAUAAACUGUUUAAGGGAUGAAAUAGGUCAAUUGAAAGGUGCAAUAAACGCUAGUAAUAUACACGCGAAAGUGGUUGAUGUAAAAGGAUUAACCCCAGGCAACACUCAAUGUAGCCCAAUAGCCAAUAAUGUGGUCUCAGUCGACAAAGGCCCAUGUACGAAUGUCGGUGAAACAACGGGAUUACGCCCACGAAACAUUUUGUGUAUCACUAAGGACACACACUCAGUUAAAAACAUUCGGGAUAUUAACGAGGUCACGCAAACCUUACUGCGCCAUUCGACAAAUGUAAACAAUGCCAGCGAAAUCCAAGAUGGCGGUAUAGCGACACAGGCGAAAACCGCGUCGUCUGAACUUGUACCUGAAGUACCAUGCUCUACAGACCUUCAGAAGUCCAAUAAUACAAACAUCAAAUCAAACACGAACACAGAGGAUCCUGAUUCAACAGACAUAGAAAUAAUACGACAAGACAUAGUCGAUCAUGACACAAACAAAUCUUCAGAAGAUAAAUGGACCGUCGUGAGAAACGUGAAAAAUAGAAAUAGACCGAAGAGUGCGCCAACAAACGGACAACAUACAGGUAACCAUACCCCAGUGAAACCACUCACAUAUUCUAGAGUGGUUGAAAUGUCUAAACAAUCGAAGCCAAAAUCACUCACGAAACCUACUAUGCAAUCUGGACCGUCCAAGCAGAUGAAACCUGCGCGUAGUUUGCGAGGAGUAUGCGUUACUAAAACGACAACUCUUUACCUAGAGAAUAUUGCUAAAGAUGAGUGUGAAUCUGAUGAUGACAUUGUCUUACAAGUUAAGGACUACGCAACAACCAAAGGCAUUUCAAUCCAUCAAUGCUACGUUGUUCAUAAUAAAGUGUCGACAUUACGCGUUGGCUGUAAGAUCACAGUCCCAGUCGAUCAGAUUGUCAGAGCACUCAAAGUGGAAACCUGGCCGGACCCUGUUGUAUGCAGAAAAUGGGAAUAUAAGCGCAAAAAGACGUCAUAUGGUACAUUUAAGAGGUCCUUGGAUUAUCCAGCCAUCGACAAUGACACAGACUACGAUCUACAUGAAGACAUAUAUGAAUCUACAAAUGAAUAUUACAGACAGUCAGUAUGGGAUAAUGAUGGAAACAAUCGCAUAUUUAAACAUGAUGAAUCCCAAUGGUAACGUUAAAACAACCACUAACUAUCACCUGCUGGAAUGCUAACGGACUCUCUGCUUCAAGUCCAUAUCUUAAGUCAUUAUUGUCAUCAUCUGAUAUUGUAUGCUUGAGUGAACAUUGGCUUUAUGAAAGUGGUCUUGAAAAGCUAGACUCUUAU